AUCCAGCUCUAGCUACUUCGCGAUUAGCUAUAGCCAUCCAUCGAUCGAUCAGGACACCACUGAUUAAGCCAUGGCAAAGCUUGCCCUGUGCUUCUGCGUCGUCCUCGUCCUCGUCCUCGUCCUCGCUUCCUCGCCGGCGCCGCUCUCCGAUGAUCGCCGCGCCGCCGGCCUGCUCGGCCGCCGCGGCCUGCAGCAGGACGCCAUUGUCGUCGACGGCAGCCCGACGGCGGCGGCCACCGCCACCACGACGACGACGACGGCGUGGCCCCGGCCGGACACGCCGCCGGAUAACUGGUACGACGGGACGAAGAGGCUCAGCCCUGGUGGCCCUAAUCCACAGCACCACUGAUGAACACAUCCAUCCACGCAUGAAUUUUGUUGACAGUGAUCAUAUAUAUCACCACUGUCAGUUAAUUACUUCUACCACACCAUUCUCUCCACAUGAUUUUGCAUCGCUAAUUUUAAUUUUAUAGCACCGGCGAAGUACCAGAUCGGAGUUUAAUUUCUCGAUCGAUGUGCGUGUGUGUGUGUUUCCGAGUUAAUAAACCUACUAUAUAGGCAGACCGAUAUUUCUGCAGACAGGGACUAAAGAUGGGCGUCCCAAGAGUGACAGAUGUUGAUUUAGCACUUGAUAGAAGUGUGAUCACUGAAAGGAAUAAACGAGAGCUAUGUAUGAUCAGUUCGAACUGAUCAGUAAUUUUUCCUCAAUGUUCGUGAAUUAUGUUCUCUUUCUUUUUUAUAUGGAAAUAAUUAAAUCCUAUACACAACAAGAUGCAGUCAGCCUCAAUAUGUGAUGACAUGCACUGAAACUUUUA